CUCUGACGUACCUUUUCCCACUUGGGUUUCCCCACACAGCCCGCCCGGCCUUUUCUCAAUUACGAAGUAACUUGCUCCAAAUCCGCCAGCAUUCCCCUCAACCAAGCACCAAGCUACCUAGGAAUCCGGCCAGGUCAUGCAGCGAUUGCCUUAAGAUGGCAAGCAAAGCGGCUCUCAAGGCAGUGCGCACGGCGCUGGACUCGAAGGAUUUCGAGCUUGCAGCCGAGAAAGCCAAGGAAAUUGUCCAGAGAGACCCUCAAAUUUACCAUGCCAAUGUCUUUCUGGGUCUCGCGCUCGACAAGCUCAACAAGAACGGUGAAGCCGAAGCGGCCUACCUUUCAGCUAUUCGUGUGAAGGACAACGACAAAACAGCCUGGCAGGGCCUCAUCAACCUGUACGAGAAACAAGGCGCGCAUAAGCUCGAUCAAUAUCGUGAGGCAGUCAUCAAACUUGGCUUACUGUUUGCUGAAGUCGAUGACAAGCAUCGUUGUCAGGAUCUCCUGGACAAGUAUGUCGGCUUCGCGAAGAAGAAUGGUUCUCGAUCGCAAUACAAGAAAGCUCUUGAGCUGCACCUCCCAUCGUCGCCGCUUUACGAAUAUCUUCAAGGCAGGAUCCCGCAUCCGUCCCAUACCUACCUUCGUCUGAUUGAGAUAACGGAGUCGGAGGAGAAAGAAUAUAUAAAUCGGGAGAUCGGGGAAAGACGCACUCGUCUUGGCGCAAAGAUCGAUCAGGUUACACUGGAGGUCAAGAGGGAAGCUUUCAAGCGCAGCGAGUUGGAGCAGCUCUAUCGCGGGAUCGUGGACUGGUCUCAUGACGACCAGGUUCGACGCACCUAUGAGGAGAAGUCUUUGCAGCGCGCCUAUGAAUUCCUGACAGUUCUGCCAGCAGAUGAGAAGGAUGCCAAGCGAGUGGAGGUGCUGCAGGCUGCUCGUGACAUGGUCAUCAUCAAACAUCCUUUCGAACUGGCCUGGAAGAUUGUGCUGGAGUGGCAUGAUAUCCAAGAAUUCCACGAAUGGGAUCGCAACUUCCUCGAUUACUUCAUUGAGUUCUUUCCCGAAGACGGACUGUCCAAGGUCCUUAAGGGUUUCCUUGCCAGUGAUAUCUCUCCUUUCCCCAAAGAGACGAAGGAGCCAGAAGAACCUAAGCAAAGGAGAGACUCCAAAACGGAGGAACCUGAAUCCGACGAGAACAAUGGCGAGGUGAAUGAGUUGGCUGCUCAAGAUCAUCUUCUCCUGAUGGUGGAAGGUCUUGAAACUUCGUCAACCUCGAUAGUCGCACAUCGGAUCGUAGGAGAACUCUAUUUGACACUUGAAGAGUACGAGAGUGCCGCGGACAUCUGUCGUAAAGGUCUCCGGAAUGUUCACGACGUGGUCAAGCGGGCGGGGCUCGAUCUCACAAACAGCACCGAUGCAAUUAACAUCAUACUUGCAAAUUCACUCAUCUACCACCAGUCCCCUCGCUACCAUCCUGAGGCGAAGGGCAUCUUCGAAGUGAUCUUGAAGCGGAAGCCGACUUCGACGAGCUGUCUGCUUGGAAUCGGUCUUAUCCUUGAGGUUGAUGAGGACUAUCCAGAAGCUGUGAACUUUCUGGAGCGUGCGCUGGCGCGGGACCCAUCGAACAUCAAAGUUCGAGGGGAGCUGUCCUGGUGUCGGGCGCUCAACGGCGACCUCGAAACCGGUCUUGAGGGUCUUCAGGAGGUGCUCUCAGAGCUUCGCGAGGCACAAUCGGAAAAUAGGGACUUCAAGGCUGAAAUCCUCUACAGGGUAGGCUACUGUCAGUGGGAGAUCGAUCCAUCACCAGCUGCACGCAAGGAUCGUAACGGUGCCUACGCUAGUUUCCUUGCUUCGAUUCAGACCAACAUGAACUUCGCGCCCGCCUAUACCAGCCUUGGACUGUACUAUGCAGACUACAAGAAAGACAAGACCCGAGCCAAGAGAUGUUUCCACAAAGCCUUUGAAUUGUCCCCGUCUGAGAUCGAAGCUGCGGAGAGGUUGGCACGCACCUUCGCUAACCAGCGGGACUGGGACCUCGUCGAAGCCGUAGCCCAGCGCGUGGUGGAUUCUGGCAAAGCCAAACCAGCUCCGGGCUCUAAGCGCAAGGGCUACAGUUGGCCAUACGCAGCUUUGGGAACUGUCCAAAUCAACAAACAAAAAUACCCGAAGAGCAUUGUGUCGUUUCAAGCAGCGCUGAGAAUAAAGCCUGAUGAUUACCAUUCAUGGGUCGGUCUGGGCGAGAGCUACCACCACUCCGGAAGGUAUAUUGCUGCGACCAAAGCUUUCGAGCACGCACAAGCCUUGGAGGAGACGCUUUCGAGCACCGACAAGGAACAGAUCUGGUUUGCGAGAUACAUGCUUGCGAAUGUCAAGCGGGAGCUUGCCGAUUAUGACGAUGCUAUCGCGAGGUACGAGGAUGUGCUGAAAGUCAGGCCAACGGAGAUUGGCGUCUUGAUCGCCUUGCUUCAGACGCUUACCGAAAGCUCUUGGAAGAGUCUGGAAUUGGGACGGUACAAUGACUGCAUUGAGCUUGCGCGACGAGCGAUUUCGACAGCACAGUCACUUGCCAUGGAAAGAGUCGAUGUAUUCAACCUCUGGAAGGGCAUUGGAGACGCAUGCAGUCUAUUCUCUUACGUGAAAUCCAAGGCAGACAGGCUGCCGAUCGAUGAAUUGCAGAGCCUGCUCACAACCCAACUGGAGCCAACAGCCUUGGACAUCAUGACUGACGUGGACGAAGUGGGCGCGGAAAUCCUCGUUUCACUAACCUCUGAAGACGAUAGCACCAGCCCGGCGAACAAAUGUCUCUAUGCCGCCAUUCUAGCCUACAAACGUGCCAUCCAGGUCUCACUCCGGGAUACCCAUGCUCAGGCAGUUGCCUGGUAUAACCUCGGCUGGGCCGAAUACAGAGCUUACAGAAGCCUGCAGCUCAGCUCAGCCUCCGAGAAUAAGAAGCAGACUCGCAAAUUCGUCAAGACGGCCAUGCGUUGCUUCAAGCGAGCCAUCGAACUGGAAGCCGGCAACUCGGAAUUCUGGAAUGCACUUGGUGUAGCGACUACAAGCAUGAGUCCCAAGGUUGCCCAGCAUUCAUUCGUGCGAAGCCUGCAUCUCAACGAUCGCAGUGCCCAGGUCUGGACAAAUCUAGGAACCCUAUAUCUCCUUCAUAAUGACAUUCAGCUGGCAAACGAGGCCUUUACCCGGGCACAGUCUACCGAUCCAGACUAUGCACCGGCUUGGGUUGGCCAGGGCUUGCUUGCUCUUUUGUUCGGUGACUCGCGGGAAGCAAGAGGCUUGUUUGAGCAUGCCUUCGACAUUUCCAAUUCAUCGUCACGGUUGCCCAAGAAACAAUACACAAUGACCUUGUUCGACCAUCUCAUGUCCGAUUCUUCCAUUUCUAACGAAAUCUCGCAACUCAUCCAGCCCUUCUUCGCCCUUCACCAGCUUUCCAGCCAGGAGCCUUCUGACUUGCCAUUCGUCCAUCUCUCUUCCCUUCUAGCGGAAAGGAUUGGUGAGUUUGCGGAUGCCGAAACGAGCUUGCGAACUGUUUGUGCGGGAGUGGAGGCCGAAUACGAAGUCUCAGAGUCAGCGGCAUCCCUCUCCCGAUAUGCGCAGGCCAACGCUGAUAUUGCCCGUGUUCUUCUUGCCCGUCAUGAGUACGAGGAAGCCGCCGAGAAGGCGGAAACAGCACUUAUGCUCUCUGGCGAAGAGGACGCAGAGAAGUUCGAUCCUGAGACGAACAAGAAGCUGCGCCUGUCAGCGCACUUGACCGCUGGGCUGGCACACUACUACUUGAAGUCCAUGGACAAUGCCAUUGAUAUGUUCCGUGAUGCGCUUGGAGAGGCGGACAAUGCUCCAGAGGUGGUGUGCCUCUUGGCGCAGGUGCUGUGGGCCAAGGGCGGGGAGGAGGAAAGAGCCGUCGCUCGCCAGCAGCUGUUCGACUGCGUUGAAGAGUAUCCUGACCACAUCGGCGCCGUCACCCUCCUCGGAGCUAUUGCGCUACUGGAUGAAGAUAGAGACGCGGUUGAGGCCGUCGAAUCUGACCUCCGCAGCAUGAUCACUCGCGAUGACAUAGAGAUCCAUGAGCGCGGCAAGCUCAUCAAGCUUCUCACUGCGGUGUCUACCCUGGGAUACGGAGAUAACUCGGAUGUUCCUGAGGAUACUCGACGGAUUGGAGAAGCCACUGCAGCAGUGAUGAGAUCGCCUGCCGAACCGCAAGGCUGGGUGGAAUUGUCAUCGGCUACGCAGGAGCUGUACCCAGCUGAGAUGGCCGUCAAGAGAGCUUUGCGAAGCGUCCCUCCCCGCAGCAACCUGGAAGCCGUUGAUCUUGCUGCUGCAUACGCACAGACCGGGAAGGCGAGCGACGCAAUGAGGGCGAUUAUGGUGGCACCAUGGCAGCAAUUGGGGUGGGAAGAGCUGAAUCAUGCAGUCUCGACGAUCGAAUAGUCGCUACCUUUGCACCACUUUCCAGAUGUGAGAUAGAGGAAGAUCUACUUAAAGAGCUAUUAGAUAGAAACGAGUCACGAAAAGAGAAGGGGGGGCAUACCACAAAUGCAAAUAUUCCUCUCCGUC